AUGAAUGUAAUAACGGAUGUAGUACAACUGGUACUACAUUACAGUAAACACAUAGGGGGUGUUCUAGAUAUACUCCAUACGGAACUCCCAUCGGAGGUCCCUGUAAAACUACCCGACGCGGGUGUUUGGUACGCGUACCGCGGAUGCCAUAACAGUACAUCGGAAUGGGCCAAGUACAUCACCGACAGAAUCUACAAUCCCCAUGACGCCAAAUACUCCCUCGCCCAGAAGGGCAGCUUGGAACGUCUACCUGCAACAGAGGCGUACCUUUACACUGCUAUACACAGAAAGGUAUUGCUCGCCAUCCAGACCUCGACUGGCUGGUCGCAACAUAUCUUGGAAGCAGGUAAUAGCGUUCUGAUCCCGCCCAAUCGGAGCGCCAUCCUCUUCCAUCUCACGGCGGCAACCUUGCUUUUACGCAAGCCCAUGCAUCAGUCGGUCUUCUGUGCGGCCGCUGGGGCUCAUUGGACAUCCAGGGAUUGGGGUGGGAUCGCCAGAGUUGAAGAGUGCGACGCCUCCCUGAAUGCACGGUAUCUUUCGUUUUGGAUAUCUUUGGGAAGGCAACGAACUGAUCUGAACUUCGUGAAGCUGUUCCGCCCUCUCGUCGGCCUUAGAUCCGCAGUGCCUCAGCUCCCGCACCUCGACAACGCCUGGAAGCAGUGUAACGAUUGGAAAGAGCAGAUAUUUGAAGCUCUGGAACGGAGGGACCUGCAGCUCCAGCUGGAGAGCUUGGAGAACGAGCGUGGAAGAGCCGAGUCGAGGGCGUAA